AUGUUGCCGACGAUGAUGAUCAGCGCGUUUCUGUCAGGCGUGGUGACUGUCACCUCUGCUUUACACUCCUCCACCGCCUUGAACGGUGGGGUUAGCGAUCCGCUCGCUCAUCACGGCCGCUGUGAACCUAUCACCAUUAAUCUCUGCAUGAACAUCCCGUACAACGAGACAAUCAUGCCGAACCUAAUGAAUCAUCAGAAGCAAGAGGACGCCGGCCAAGAGGUGCACCAGUACAUGCCGCUCGUCAAGAUGAAGUGCAGCCCGGAUUUGCGCUUCUUUUUGUGCACCGUCUACGCUCCCGUCUGUACCAUAAUCGAGAAGGCGAUACCGCCGUGCCGGUCACUCUGUGAGAGCGCGCGCUCCGGCUGCGAAGAACUGAUGAACAGUUUCGGUUUCAUGUGGCCGGAGGCUCUAGACUGCUCCAAGAUGCCGGAAAAUGACGGCACGGAGCUCUGUGUGGGCACCAACGAGACUACCACACGUCAGGAACCUGUACCUGUCUCUCCUCCCGCCCGUAUGCCGAUGGCAGAGUUCCAACCAACCUGGAAUGAAGGAUUAAGACCUCACAUUGGCAAGGGCAUUGGUAAUGGCAACAAUUUUAUCAUAGCCAGGGAUUUUGGCUUCGUCUGUCCAAUGCAGUUCAAGGUACCUCAUGGAUUAGGAUAUUCAUUUAAAGUGGGAGACAAGGUUGAACCCGAUUGUGGAGCACCCUGCGAUGGGAUGUUCUUCACCGAGAGGCAAAGAAGAUUCUCCAGGGUAUGGGUUGGCACUUGGGCAUCCAUUUGUGCCGCUUCGUGCUUCUUCACGUUCCUGACAUUCCUCAUUGAUACGGAUAGAUUUAGGUAUCCUGAGAGGCCUAUUAUUUUCUUGUCCGUAUGUUACCUGAUGGUAGCACUAGUUUAUGUGAUCGGUUGGGCAGCAGGAAAUUCUGUAUCGUGUAGGGAGCCAUUCCCACCGCCUGUAGGUAUGCAGCUACAGACGGUUUCUACAAUCACUCAGGGUACUAAACAUGAAUUGUGCACUGUGCUCUUCAUGAUUCUCUAUUUCUUCGGCAUGGCGUCGAGCAUCUGGUGGGUUAUUCUCACCCUCACAUGGUUCCUAGCGGCUGGAUUAAAGUGGGGACAUGAAGCGAUCGAAACCAAUUCGCAAUACUUUCAUUUAGCUGCCUGGGCCGCACCAGCCGUGAAGACUGUUACCAUUCUGGCAAUGGGAAAAGUGGAAGGUGAUAUAUUGUCCGGAGUUUGCUAUGUUGGUCUUUGGAACGUGGAGGCUCUUCGGGGUUUCGUGCUAGCACCACUAUGCGUUUAUCUCUUAUUGGGCACUGUGUUCCUGCUGGCUGGUUUUGUCUCGCUUUUUCGCAUUCGAACAGUGAUGAAGCACGACGGUACGAAGACUGAUAAACUCGAGAAACUCAUGAUUCGUAUCGGCAUCUUUUCUGUGCUUUACAUCGUACCUGCUCUAGUCGUAAUCGCCUGCCUCUUCUAUGAGCAAGCGUAUUUCGAUCAAUGGAUGCUUACAUGGAACUUGGAAAUGUGCUCGCGACCGGGUCUGCAGUUACUCUACUCAAUGCCGUGCCCUUCUAACGAACGCAUCCGCGAUAUUGGUCGUAAACCCGAUUUUGAGAUUUUCAUGAUCAAAUACCUCAUGGCGAUGAUUGUGGGCAUUACUAGCAGCUUCUGGGUAUGGUCUAAGAAGACGCUUACCAGUUGGCAGCAGUUCUUCCAUCAUAUACGAGGUCAUCGCACUGAAGCCUAUGUUUAA